CACAGUCAUCGUCAUCAAUAACUGAAAACAAACCCGCCAAAAAACUGAUUCAGAGAAAAUGAAUUCAAUUCUCUUCUUCCAUCAACACGCUCUCCCCAUUACACUCACCGCCACUUCCUCUAAAUUUCCUCAUCAAUUCUCACCUUCUCUAACAAUCAUCUCCUUAAACCCUAACUCGCACCAAUGUACUCAGAACAAUUUUAUCAAAUCAAAUCCCACAGUAACCGCCACUCAAUUGUACGCUCUUACCGACUCAUCAUCGUCUUCAGAUUCGUCUUCGUCUCAAUCCACUGAACCUUCUCCUCAAUCACUACUACUUCAACUCUCUGAUUGUUUUGAUCUUCCUCCUGAUUAUUUUAAAAAGUUACCGCGCGAUCUUCGAUUAGAUUUGAAUGAUGCAGCGUUUGAUCUUUCUAACGGACCUGUUCUUGAUGAGUGUGGCCAAGAGCUUGGGGAGCUCUUGUUAGAUCUUUCUCGAGCAUGGGAAUCAGCCGACACAGCAACUUCUCGUGAAUUAAUAAGCAAGCUUCCUAUGUUAGAGGGAACUUUGACAAACAAGGCCAAGGCAGCUUUUGGCAGACGUUUGGUAUCUGCUGGAAGGCGGUUUCAGUCCAUGGGACAGUAUGGCCAAGGUGAAAUGCAGAAGGUCGCACAAGCAAUGACCACUGCUGGAAAACUUCUAUCUGCAAGUCCAGUAGCAACAACUGGCGAAGAACCAAAAGAUGAUACCAGAGUCUUCAAGUUUGGAGAACUUCAGGUCGCGAUAACACCAGAAAAGGCCAAAAUAGGUGCUGCCAUUGGAGUUGUUUUUGGGAUCCUUUCAUGGGGACUAGGUCAGGGUAUUCAAAGCGUACCAGAGAGCUCAUUGCAGUAUGCGAAUGACAAUGCAUUAUUGCUAGCUAAGUCUCUUAGAGGAACUCUGCUUGUGCUCUUUUACUCAUCAUCAGUUUUGUCUGCUUUUACGUCUGCGGCACUUUUCUUGCUUGCAAGACAACUCGAGUCAGAGGAAAAGUGAGCUUUUGUGGUACAAACUUCGCAUCGGUCUUGCUUGUCAACGCUCUGGGCAGUUGGACUCGCUGUGUUUUAGUUCGCCAGUUCUGUUAAUACUGAUGAUAUUAAAGACCUAAAACUCUUGUCCAGCAAUUGGAUCAAAAAGCAUGGAAGUACGGAAUUAUGAAUAGAUAACUGUUUAAUAACACUUUCUGGUUUUUAUUUCUACAAUAGAUGGUCCAGAUGAAAUUGUUGUUAUGUAUAUAUUUUAUAGAGGUGGAAACCAAUUCAUCUGCAUUUUCGAUA